AGUAGCUGGUAUUCAAACAAGUAGUUGGAGGAUUCAUACUUUUAUAACCUAAAUUGAAAUCAGACUAUUAUAUUCAUUCAGUUUCUGUUUGCUUUAGUAAUACUCACAUUAAAAUGAGUUAUAACAAAAGUAAUCGUCCAGUUAGUGAUAAAAGAGAUUAUAGCGAAGUGGUUGAAUUGGAAAAUCAGUUUAUACUCCGUCUUCCAGAGGAGCCUGCAAAAGUUCUAAGGGAGGCAUUGAAAAAUGGAGUGGCUAGUUUGAAGGACAGGUUUACCAUUCAGUUAGAAGACGACAUGCGUUAUGGAGAAGUACGAAUCGAUCAUUUUCUUAUGCACGCUAAAGUUGUUGAUUUGCCAACUAUUGUGGAAUCACUCAAAACUAUUGACAACAGGAGCUUUUAUAAAACUGCAGAUAUAUGUCAAAUGAUGAUAUGUAAGGAGGAACCUGAUAUAUUAUCAACAGAUGAAGAAUCUCCACUCAAGAAUAAGAAAAAAGACCCAAAUAAGGUAGACAAAAAGUUUUUAUGGCCACAUGGGAUAACUCCACCAACAAAAAAUGUUCGCAGAAGACGUUUUAGAAAGACUCUCAAAAAAAAGUAUGUCGAAGCACCAGAAAUUGAGAAAGAAGUGAAACGUUUACUUCGAGAAGAUAAUGAUGCUGUCAGUGUGAAAUGGGAAAUCAUCAGUGAAGAUGAUGACCAAAUAAAGCAAGAUAUACCUAGUGGAAUGCACACCAAUGUAGAAGAAGAUUCUUCAAAUAAAAUGAAAAAUAAAUCUAUAAUAAAAUCAAAAACUAGGCCAAUGUCAUAUACAGGAGUUCAAAAAAAUAGUCCUUUGGUAGACUCACGUAUGAAUACUGAAUCAUCUUAUGAAAGUACAUCAAGAUUAGAUCUCGUCGAACAUGAUAUAUUUGGUGGAGCUGUUAGUGAUUCUGAAGAAGAAGAUACUAAUAUUAAUAUAGAUAUAGAUGAUAAUAGCCGACUGUCAGCAGAUGAUACCACAAUGAAUGAUUCAAGCUCUCUUCAGGGAGCCGAAAAUGAUGAUAAACUUGUAACAUCUUUUAGCAGUGAAAUGUUUUAUCCAUCUAGUUCUUCUGGGAUUGCAAUUGAAGGAAAUCAUUAUAAUCAAAAUAAUUCAGAUGAAAAUGUUUCUAGAAAAACUAGUAGUAAGGCAGAUAAUUUAGAGCAAAGUACUUCUUGCCUUGAACAGGAUAAAUCAUCCAAUAAUUCAGGAAACUUUGUGGACAGAAAUACUCCAAAAGAUAUGCUUAUGUCACGCAUUGAAGAAAUUCGUGAACAAUUACAAGAGUUGCAAAGUCAAAAGCUUCAAAAGCAGCGCGAGGUUGAUAAUAUGGAGAAUGCAGCAUUGCAACAGAGAUUCCAAGAAAUGUUGAAAUCACUUGAAGAGCAAAUACGAAUUAAAGAGAUGGAGUAUGAAAACUUGCAGUCAAUGCUGAAUUAA